UCUCCAUCUAUAGUAAGCCGUAAUCUUUUUCUCCUACCUGUAGAAACUCCUCCAUAACCAAGAGAAAAACUUGGAUAAACAAAGCCGCCUCUGUCAAGCAACAGAAAUGGGAAGAGCUCCUUGCUGCGACAAAAACGGACUCAAAAAAGGUCCAUGGACACCGGAAGAAGAUCUUAAGCUCGUCAACUAUAUUCAGAAGCAUGGACCUGGAAACUGGCGAGCCCUUCCGAAGAACGCAGGGCUUCAACGAUGUGGGAAAAGUUGCCGCCUUCGGUGGACAAACUACUUGAGACCUGAUAUCAAAAGAGGAAGAUUCUCUUUCGAAGAAGAAGAGACAAUUAUCCAACUGCAUAGCAUCUUGGGUAACAAGUGGUCGGCUAUCGCAGCUAGAUUGCCAGGACGGACUGAUAACGAAAUCAAGAACUACUGGAAUACCCAUAUAAGAAAAAGACUGCUUCGUAUGGGAAUCGAUCCUGUAACUCAUGCCCCUCGGCUUGAUUUUCUCGACCUUUCAUCAAUUCUAGGCUCAUCUCUGUGCAACCCAACACUUGUCAAUUUGUCAACCUUGUUGGGUGGUUCUCAAGCCCUUUUCAAUCCCGAUUUCUUAAGGCUAGCUGCAACUCUCAUGUCCCUUAAACAAGAAAACAACAACCCAGAUUUGCUUACGCAAAACUUCAAUGAAAAUAUUAAUAACCAGCUCUUUUCCGCUCAAUUACCCAAUAAUCAGUUUCAAACUCAACUAUCUCAACAGGGCUUUUCAACGGAGAUGGUGAAACAAUUACUUAUGCAAGCAAAUGCUGAUGGGUUGUUAUCCAAUAUGGGUACCAACUUUGAGUGCCCAACUAAUACUGCUACCACUACUACGCCCCAAAACAAUAUUGGAAUUGCUAAUUCGGGUUUGUCGGAAAAUGAUUUUGCUUCGCAACAACCAAGCUAUUUGCAUUGCGGUUCCAAUCCUUUGGUCGGAGAUUUGCCCGAAAAUUUGCAUUUUCAAUCUGUAAAUGAUGGUGGGAAGAAGGAUUUCGAUUUCGAUUCGACAUUGUCGACGCCGUUAUCGAGCCCAACUCCGCUGAAUUCAUCAUCCACAUACAUUAACAGCAGCAGCACCACUGAGGACGAGAAAGAAAGUUAUUGCAGUGAUUUUUUCAAGUUUGAGAUCCCAGAGGGUCUUGAUAUCAAUGAGUUCAUGUAAAUUUUCUUUAGUAUACUAAUAUUAGUAAUCAAGACUGCAUGUACUUCAUUUUUUUUUUAUUUUUUUUCCCUUUUUGUGGAAAGAACUUUUUU